AUGGCCUGUGGCCUAGGGUACACUGAAGAUGAUGGGGUGCUACCCGAUGGGUGUAAGGGCUCCCAGCUGACAUGCACUUGGGCAGCUACGCCGGGCCUGGGCGUCCUGCUGGAGAGUUACUACGAGCACGAGGUGCGCCUGUCGCCGCACGUGCUGGGCCACAGCAAGGCGCACGUGAGUCGGAUCGUGGGUGAACUGGUGCGAGCCGGCUGCAUCCGCGGCUCCCCGGGCCCCCUCCCCGGGGGAGCGCUGGCCCUGGCCUUCCGCGGUGACUUCAUCCAGGUGGGCAGCUCCUACGAGCAGCAUAAGAUCCGCCGGCCCGACAGCUUCGACGUGCUGGUGCCGCUGCGCCUGCCGCCGCCGGUGGCGCUGGAGCCGCGGAGCCUGGGGUUUCAGGCGCACCUGCAGCGCUGCCUGGCGGCCGUGCGCUACAGCCUGGAGGGGCGCUGCCGGGUCAGCCUGACCCCGGGGGGCCUGGAGCAGCCCCCCACCCUGCACGUCCUGCCCUGCCGCACCGACUACGGCUGCUGCCGCCUCUCCAUGGCCGUGCGGCUCAUCCCCGCCGUCCACGUGGGCGAUGGGGUCUUCCUGGUGGCGCCCGCCCCGCCGCCCUCGGCCCUGGCGGCCCCGGCCGGGCUCCCGCCGGGCCUGCUGUGGGGCGUGAACACGUCCCGCCAGGAGCAGAAGCUGCUGAGCUGGCUUCAGGAACGGGCCGCCCCGGGUGCCUGCUACCUCAAGGGCCUGCAGCUGCUCAAGGCCCUGCGCGAUCUGGGCGGCCGCGGGCUGGACCCGCCGGCCGCCGCGCAGUGGGGUCGCAUCCUGUCCUCCUACGUGCUCAAGACGGCGCUGCUGAGCCGGGCGUGGACGGGGGACGGGGUCCCCGCGCCCGGCUGGGACGAGGCCCACCUGAGCGAGCGGCUGGAGGAGUUGGUGCGGUUCCUGAGGGACUGCCUGCUGCAGCGGCACACGCUCUUCCACUGCGUGCUGGGCCCCGGCGGCGCGGCCGCCGACCUGGGCCCCCUGCCCAAGGCCCUGCGCGAGGCCCCUCCGGUGGACCUCCUGGCGCCCUUCGACGGCCGGGCCCGGGAGCUGGCAGCUGCCAGACUACUGUCGACGUGGCAGAGGUUACCCCAGCUUCUCCGGGCCUACGGGGGACCCCGUUACCUCGCCAGUGCCCCCCCAACCCAGCCAGAGUGCGCGCGCCCAGGGCUUCCCUGAAGAUGGACCCCCGAUCGACCACACACACAGGCUCCUCCUGGGUCGGGGUGCCAGCCGACUGCACACACACACACACAGAGAAGGCACUGGGAAAAUUGGAGGCCCCCACCCCAAGAUCACACAACGUGACACUCCCGCGGGACUCACUACGGUUUCCUGGGCAAGAAAACCGUGGAAGAACGCAGGAGGCCGUCGCUGCUCCGGUCCUGAUGGUGAUCUGCCCCAAAUCUGGUACAAAGAUGCACCCGGCGGAGAUGACCAGCGAGGACCACGGAGGACCCCAGAGGACCAGACGAGGCACGGAGACCGGCCGCCAGCCCGCAGCUCCCUGCUCCCCGGGCCUCAAGACACAGACCUCUCGGUCCCCUGCUCUGUCCCGGGGCUUUUUGGAAACGGAUGGUGUUAUUUCUGACAUACCUAUUUGGGAGGGACGGAAUUCCAAAUCGCUUUUUUUUUGUUUAGAUCUUCUAAAGAAAAAGGGAAUCGAAUCUUUAUGCACAGUGAAGGCUGAGUUCUCUCCCAGCCGAGAAUGGGAUGUGCCAAUCAGGGUCUCUUGUUAAAAUAGUGCCAUUGGUUGGGGUGACCACACUUGCUGAGAGACAAAAAGGGUUGGCUUCAAGAAGAGAUCCGGAACAAAUAGCACUUUAUGUUGGCUGGUGAUGGUACUUGGUGGUGGUUGUGUUGGUUGCAUUCAGUAGGAAGAUGUGUACAACUCUGCCAGGCAGGUAUCAGUCAGGUGUGGGGCUAAAGGGCAGCAGUUAAGACGGCACUGUGAGAGAGAAAACAUAGCAGGUCUUGAAAAAGAAGGUAUGUAGGCCUUUGUCUAUCAAGAUGUCUAGCCAGGGCAGCGAGGCGGCUAGACCGUGGCCCUUUGGGGUUUCAGCACUUAUUCUCAGCAAUGUCUUUCCCAAGGAAUUCUUUCCCAAAGAUUUUUACAAAGGAGAGGAAGUGCCUGUCCCAGGGUCUGACAAGUGUGAGAGCCCAGUGACAUGUGUGAUGAUGGGUAAAUUGUUGGGAAGGUUCUAGAUGGCCCAGGAGGCCAGCUUCAAAGGGCUCUUGAUUCAGCUUGUGGCUUGCCAAAUAGUUUUUUUUCGGGGGGGGAGGGAGGGGGACUCGGUCUCUUGAAGGGGUGGUGUGUGUGGAAGGGGUCGUGUGUGUCAGUGUUUGGCCACCAGUGUUCCCAUGGAUGGGGAAAGAGGAGCUGACAGAUCAGGGGAAGGAGGUUAGCAAAGAGGGAGGGUCAUUUCCGAGGGAAAUGGUUCCAUGAAUAACAGGGCCACUGUUAAAUUUCUGAGCUAUUUUGAGGGAUCUGUGUCACACACACACCCUUUGUGUGUGUGUGUGUGUGUGUGUGUGCGCGCGCUGGCACUGGGGCUUGAA